AUGUGCUCGGUAGGCUCUCAAGCAGUUCGCAUGAACGCUCCUCGUGUUGGUGGCAGUUUCGCAGUGUGGGGUGGGCUGUUUUCCACCUUUGACUGCACAAUGGUGUACAUGCGGCAGAAGGAGGAUCCUUGGAACUCGAUCAUAGCAGGUGCAGCAACGGGGGGAUUCCUGCAGAUGCGCCAGGGAAUGGGCGCUGCCUCUCGGUCAGCAUUGUUUGGCGGCGUCUUACUUGCUUUGAUUGAGGGAGCUGGGAUCAUGUUGAACAAGGUCAUGAGUCCACCGCAGAACUUACCUCCCAUGGAGGAGCCUGUUCCGAAUGUGGCUGGAUAUCCCGGGAAAACGCCUGGUCGACCUUCAGUCAGCGUUGGCAGCUUGGGUGAGGGAUCUUCUUCGUCGUCAUCACCAUCUUCUUCUUCAUGGCUUGGAGGCCUGUUUGGUAAGAAGGAAGAGACGGCGCCUAGCGAUGGAAGUAAGACAAAGGUGUUGGAGAGCUUUGAUUCUCCAACUCCUCCAUCCUUCGAGUACAAAUGAUGAAGGGAAAUCUGGCAAAAGAGAUACUGUAUAUGCUACUAACAAUCAAAAUUGGGCAUUUAUGUUCA